AUGGACGAUCUUAAACGCGCAAAGAUAACUCGACGGGCUCAACGAGCCCAAGCAACAAAGACGUGGAAUAAAGCAGAAACGUUAAUGAAUGACGAGAUCAACGAAACCAACAUUCAACGACUACAAGUUGUGCUACAGACAUUCGACACGAAAAUCGAACAAUUGAAAAAGCUCGACGAGAAUAUAUCGUGUAAAAUCGAGACCGAGAAAGAACUGGAAAGCGAGAUCGUGGAAGCAGACGACUAUCUAAGUGAGCUAAUGGAUAAAAGGUACCGAAUACAAUUUUUUAUAAGUGCUAAUCAAGCCAUUACGGCAAGUCCUAACAACACGCUGUCUGCGGCGCAAAACUAUAAUCAAGGAGAACAAUUGGCCUCUCAAGGUCACACUUACUCGCCGCAAUUGAACAAUUCGAGUGCGCAUAGAUUACCUAAGUUAGCCCUGCCGAUAUUCAAUGGGAAUCCACUAAAAUGGCAAACGUUUUGGGACUCGUACAAAGCCGCAGUUCAUGAUAAUAAAUCUCUAUGUGACAUACAAAGAUUCAAUUAUUUAAAAGCGCAUCUGGCGGAAGAAGCGGCUAGAUCAAUCGAGGGUUUACCACUAACAGACACAAACUACGCACAGUCAGUCAAGAUACUAGAAGAAAGAUUUUGUCAACCACAUAAAAUCACAAACGCACACAUGCAAGCAUUGUUAGACCUCCCUAAUCCAUCUGAGUCGGUAACUAGGUUACGUGGGUUUUACGACCGCAUGGAAAAUCACGUCCGAAGCCUUGAAGCUUUGGGAAAAACACAAGACUCCUACGGUGAUCUCCUAGUGCCCGUUAUCUUGAGCAAGCUUCCGACCACUGUAAAACACAAUCUUAUUCGAGAACAUGGAACCACGGACUUGAGUUUAGAACAAUUGCGCAAAGCUAUUUCGAAGGAAAUCCUUAUACUCGAGGCAGGUGAAGAGACAAAUGAACUUAACAAUUUAAGUCAGUCACCUGAUACCCUCCCUUCCAUCUCCAGUUUAUUAACGAACACUAGCAGAUACAAAAACCUUGGGGGAAAUUUCAGUAACUCAAAGUUUAAAACACCACCUAACCCCUCCAAACCGAAGGCGUGUACUUUCUGUAAUGGAUCUCACAAACCGAACGACUGUACGGUAGUAAGUGAUCCUGCUGCACGAAAACAAAUUGCGUUUCAGGCGAACUUGUGUUUCAACUGCCUUAAUAACCAUCGCGUGUCACAGUGCAAAUCCAAAAACCGCUGCAGACAAUGUCACCAGAAACACCAUACAAGCCUUUGUGUAGGGAAUAAAGAGCGCCCAGAACAACAAAAACCUGAUCCAAACGCGCGUCAAAACAUCAAAGACAAGGACAGAAACGUGCAAUGUAUGUGUACCAACGGCGGCGACGUAGCUCAAACAACCAACACAAGCGAACAAACAUCUGGUAACAACACGUCAGCAUCCGUUACGAACCUUCAUACCAACCUAUCCGACAACAAGUACUCCCGCCGAUGUACCUUACUGAAAACAGCAAUAGCCACCGUACAAUCCCGAAACAGAGCCGCAACCGCACGCAUCCUGUUCGAUGAAGGUGCCCAACGUUCUUUCAUAACUGAAGAAUUAGCAAACAGUCUCAACCUCGUGCCAGAACCUUUACACCUAUCAGUCUUCGGUGGUGCCUAGACAUCAGUGAAAAGAGUCGAUAUCGCAACCGUACAUCUACAAACAGACACUGGUGGAAUUAUCCCAAUCCAAGUAGUAAUCAUCCCAGUGAUUGCUAUACCACAAAAGAACCAUAUCACCACUGACAUAUACAACCUACCUUACCUCAAGAACCUCAAGCUAGCUCAUCCCGUCACCAGCGAUGACCAAUUCGAGAUCUCUCUCCUCAUUGGUGCAGACCACUAUUGGGACGUGGUAGAAGACAAGAUUGUUUGGGGAUCUGGACCUACUGCCGCCAAAUCAAAGAUUGGCUACCUACUGUCUGGACCAACUGCCAUUCCCUCCCCACCAUCAGAACUCACCGCUACAGUCCUCAAGGCCAUCGUUGCGACAGAACGGGAAGAAGAAAUGUUAGAACGGUUCUGGAACUUGGAAUCCAUAGGCAUUUUACCUCAUGAAACCGAGAAAAAAGAAAGAGAGUUCGUUGAAGACUACCAAAAUUCUUCAAUUCACCUUGAAAAUGGACACUAUAAUGCUAAGUUGCCUUGGAAACCUAAUCACCCACCACUUCCUACAAAUGAAGCAAUAGCAAAAGGACGAACCCGCUCCACAGUACGACGGCUUGCCACAGACCCCGAAAAGCUGAAAGCAUACAACCAAAUCAUCACUGAACAACAACAACGUGGAUUUAUAGAGAAAAUCCCCGAUUCCGAAAAGAUCCGAAGCAGAUGUCACUACCUUCCACACCAUGCUAUCUUGAAAGACUCCUCCACCACUCCACUUCGUGUCGUCUUUGACUGCAGUUGCAAAACAAACGAUAGUCAACCAAGCUUGAAUGAUUGUUUAGCUACUGGACCCAAAGGACCCGGAAAGUCCAUUUGACGUCUAUCGUUUUAAGUCCAUCCUAUUUGGUGCUUUGUGUUCACCGUUUAUCCUAAAUGCGACCCUCAAGAAACAUCUCGAAAGUAUUCACAACCCAGUCGCUGAGAAAAUGAAGACCGAUAUUUAUGUUGAUAACCUCGCCACUGGCUCUGACAGUGAGGAUGAAGCAUCUACGUUUCUUGAAAGAUCAAGGCUCAUAAUGUCACCUGUGGGCUUUAAUCUAAGAGCGUGGAAUUCUAACAACCCCACGGUUCGUGCAUCAGCCGCAGACCAAGGCCUUCAAGACAAAGAUCCAGAAACAAAGGUACUCGGGCUUCGAUGGAAUCCUAACACUGAUACACUCCAGUUUCAGCAACGGCAACUACCUAACGACGCCAACAAUAGCAUCACAAAAAGAGAAGUUCUCCGCGAAUCCUCCAAGAUUUACGACCCACUUGGCAUCCUAACUCCAGUAACCAUUCGAGCCAAGAUACUUAUACAAGAACUGUGGAAAGAAGGGUACAGUUGGGACGAAUCUUUACCACAAAAGCUCCAAGAAAAAUGGUUGGCACUCUCUAAGGAUUUGCAAACUGCCACACAAAUUGAAAUUCCUCGCCGUUACUUCCCCUCUUCAUCAACAUGGCCACCUAGCACUUCCCUCCACGUAUUUGUCGACGCCAGUGUUAAAACAUAUGGAGCAGCUGCCUAUAUCACUUGUGGUUCCGAAACAUCAUUGGUUAUGGCCAAAUCCCGAGUUGCGCCUCUCAAGAAACUUACCUUACCACAGCUCGAGUUAAUGGCAGCUGUACUUGGUGCAAGACUGUCUUCAUACCUCCAAGCCCAUUUACAAGCGUCCGACGUUUACCUCUGGUCGGAUAGUCAAAUAGUCCUCCACUGGUUGUCCUUUAAGAAAGAUUUGAAGCGAUUCGUCCACAACCGCGUCACCGAAAUCCAGUCGCUCACACAAACUGCCUCAUGAAACUAUUGUCCAACUGGGGAUAAUCCCGCUGAUCUCCUAACCAGAGGAAUGCAUACUAGUGAACUAUCCACAUCCACUCUCUGGUCUCGUGGACCUUCGUGGCUAAAUACAAAGAAGAACUGGCCCAGCUGGAACUCCAAAUCUGUUCUCCUCCAGUCCACUGCAGCAGAACAACUCGAAGCCAUCUCCACCAUUACUAGUGAACCAACAAACAACCCAACUAACGUACCUGAACCUAAACAUGGAAUUGCCAAAAUUAUCAAUCUGUCUGCUUAUAGUAACCUCCAUAAGCUAGUACGAGUCACAGCGUGGGUUCUACGCUUCGUCGAUAACCUGAAGAAGAGAACUCAUUCUGGUCCAUUAUCUGUCACUGAACUAGAUUCUGCUCUAAUGUUUUGGAUUGUUGAUUGUCAAUCUGUUGUGUAUUCAAACGAACUUGUCAACCUACAGUCAAAGACAUCUAACCGAUCAUCAUUGGUCAGACAACUUCGUCUAUUUCUCGCCGAAGGCAUCAUCCGCUGUGGUGGAAGAAUACAUAAUGCUCCUCUUCAAGAAUCUGCUAAGUUCCCCAUUCUCCUUCCACGAAACCAUCACCUUACACAGUUGAUUGUGGAGGAUGCACACAGAGCAACCCUUCACUCUGGACAAAACUCUACCCUUACCCACCUCCGUCAAAGAUAUUGGAUACCUGCUGCCAGACAAUACAUUAAGAAGAUCAUCCGUCGUUGUGUAACGUGCCUCAAAACUACAGGCAAACCAUACACGAUACCAGACCCACCACCACUUCCAAUAACUCGAACGAAUGAUUCACCCCCAUUCACCAUUACUGGGGUCGAUUUUACAGGCGAAAUCUACGUGAAAUCAACCAACGGUCGAUCGAAGGUGUAUAUCUGCCUGUUGACUUGUGCAAGUACUUGUGCCGUUCACCUUGAAGUCGUGACCGACCUAACAGUUCCGACCUUUAUUGAAGCUUUCCGUCGAUUUGCAAGCCGCAAGUCACUGCCAAAAGUCUUAAUAUCUGACAACGCCUCCACUUACCAGUCCGCUGCAGAAGAGUUGUUGAAGCUCCUGAAAUCCCCACUCCUCGAGACACAUCUUAGCAAUCGUGCCGUACAAUGGAGAUUCAUCCCCAAACGUGCUCCAUGGUACGGUGGAUUUUGGGAACGACUCAUCGGUCUGACGAAGAUUACCCUUAAAAGAGUCUUGGGAAGAGCCUCUGUUCAGCUGUCUGAACUUCAAACGAUUGUUGUGGAAAUUGAAGCAAUACUAAACGACCGUCCACUUACAUUCGUCUCCUCCAACAUCGAAGACGAACAACCCUUGACACCUUCCCAUCUACUCUAUGGUCGCAGAAUAACGGCAUUACCCCACCCACUGAUAGAAGAAGAGGAAUGGUCUGAUCCCACCUUCAACGAAGACACCACACUUGUACAACACCUUGCGAAUAUUAGAGCAAACCUCAUUCAUCAUUUCUGGAAUCGUUGGCGACACGAGUAUUUAACGUCCCUUCGAGAAUUUCAUAAGGCAAGUGAAAAAAACGAGAUUACCACAAAAAUUGGUGACGUUGUACAAGUCCAUGAUGAUACGAAACGUAUCAACUGGAGAUUAGCUGUGGUUGAAAGUCUCAUCACUGGCAACGAUGGAUUGGUUCGAGCAGCCAACAUCAGAACCAGUACCGGCCGUACUAACCGUCCAAUUGCCAAACUGUAUCCAUUAGAGGUUAGAGCUACAACCUCCUUUGGUAUUUGUCCCACAACUGACGAACCAAGUGACGAGAAAGAUCAACCAUCCGAGAACCCGCCACAGAGAGAGAAACGAUCAGCAGCAGUAGCAGCAAAGAAGAAAAUUAAAGACUGGACAUCCUCAUUGUUGUGUCCCCCGGAGGAUGUCGUGAAAUAG